AUGCCCGAAGUAGAAAUACUCUAUGAUGUGAAAAAUCGUUCAGGAACUGUUGGAAACAGUGCAUAUGUCCGAUUUAUUAAUAAAACAGAGAAAGUAGUCGAAAUCGUUUGGUUAAAUCACACAGGAAAGUACAUAAGAUACAGAAUUUUAAAGAAAGAUUAUUUUGUUGAUGUAAAUACUUAUAAUGCCCAUCUUUGGGUGGCAUUUGAUCAUGAAACAAAGGAUAGACUUCAUAUAGAUAAGGAAUUUGUGUAUCAUCCAAAAACGAGCAAAGAAUUUUUCAAGCAAAAGUACCCAGAUAGGGUCAUACCAGAACAUUAUGAAGCAAGAAUCAGAGCAUUUAUUACAUUACCUCUUUACAGUUUGAGAUACAAUUCGCUCUUAACAAUACGAAAUUUACUAAAGACUUCUGAAGAUGCAGACAAAUUGGAGUUACCUACACAAUUAAUAGAAGAUUUAAAGAAAGUGAUAGUUCUAAGGAAUAAUUUAGCUUAUACUCUUAAUUCACAGGAGACUGAUUAA